CAAAACUAGACGGAGAGAAGUGCUAAAAAUAUAUCUCGUUUUCUUGCGAGAGACGGUCGGCUAUAUUACGUCGCAAGCACGAUGUAUAUCUCACGACUGUCCAGACUUCUCACACAGACCAAGAGUCUCUCAAAGCCGGAGCAGAUAGUACAAAAAAGGACGGCAACGACCACCCCAACUGGUGCCAUUCUUCCAGAGCCCGAGAAGACUCCAUUUGGUCUUCUGGGCAUUGUGUGUGCGGUAGUACCUGGUCUACUCAUUGGAGCUGCCAUUAGCAAAAAUAUAGCUAAUUUCUUGGAAGAGAACGAGCUGUUUGUGCCCUCUGACGACGACGACGAUGACGACUAGUUUGCAACCGCCCGUGAUGUAUUGCGCUCGUAGAAAUAACUUUUUGUACAUACUAUCUUCAAUUUAAUCUAUAAACAUAUUCUCUUCCAUUUAUAAACAUGAAUAUAUUACACCUAAAAUGUUAGUGUAUAGUAAAAAUGCCUUUUAACAGUUUAUUUACUUUAUUAAUAGAUUUUAUGAUACAAUUGUUACAAAAGCUACAUUAAAUGGGUGAUAUAAUUUGUGCUAAACUGCUUUAUUUAAAACUGUUAUUGCACAUCAAUCAUGACAUUUGAAAUUUUACUCUUUAAUAAAUUAAAUCUUAUUUACAUGAUUACAGGAUGAAAAUCAAUUUAUAUUAAAUUCAAAAAUAUUCCUAUGUACAUUUAAAUUAAUUGUUAGAAUUUGAUACAUAUGUAAAUGCAUUAUAACAAAUGCAUACUUGUCACAGAGUACACAAAAAGAAAUCUCUUCUAUGCUAGUCACUGUUACACCCAGUAGCAUUAGGGUAUAAUCUCAAUCUCAUACUUGUGCUUAAUAUUUUAAGUGAAGAUGACAAAUAAAAUGACUUUAUAAAUGGCA